AUGAGUAGCCAAACCGAAACGUUGACCACGUUGAAGAUCUUGAUCGUUGGGGAGAGUGGAGUCGGCAAAUCCAGGUAGGUCAAGGGGAGGUCAUGGAUAAUAUCGGGAUUUCGGUCGAUUAUGAUCAAAUUUUAUGGGUUUUUUUCUGGGAAUUGUUUUUAUAUUGUAUGUAGUUGCUCGAAGAGUGAUUAUUGACUGUUCGAAACAGUUUGUACUAGCUUUUUUACAUUAUACUAUACAAAAGUUAGAAGAUUUCGAAAAAACCUCGUUUUUAUGAUGAAAACAUGUUUUGAAUUUUGAAAUUUUGUUAGUGGAAUAAGUUGAUUGUCUAGUCUUGCUGUAAUUUCAGUUUAAUGCUGCGAUUUGUCGAUGAUACUUUUGACCCGGAGCUCUCCGCGACAAUCGGUAAGUCAGUAUCAGUUUUUCUUUUAUCACAUGUUUAGGAGUUGAUUUUCGCGUGACCACAAUGAAUAUCGACGGAAACAACGUGAAACUUGCAAUUUGGGAUACGGCCGGUCAGGAGCGGUUCCGUACUUUGACCCCAAGUUAUUAUCGCGGUGGACAAGGGAUUAUCUGUGUUUAUGAUGUGACAAAUCGCACUACAUUUGAUCGGCUGGAAAAUUGGGUGCUCGAGGUGGACACGUACAGCACAAAGUCCGAUGCGAUAAAGAUGCUGGUCGGAAAUAAGAUUGACUCGCAGAACAGAGAAGUUUCAACGGAAGAGGGUCUGGCGUUCGCUCGAAAACACCGAAUGCUCUUUAUUGAGGCUAGCGCAAAGACGCGAGAAGGUGUUCAAUGUGCAUUUGAGGAGCUAAUCGAAAAGGUGAGGAAGUUUAUCACUUGUUUCUUUAAGUUUAGGGAAAUUUUAUAUUCAUCAUGACAUCAGAUGUUCCGAAGGGAAAUUUUUGAUAUUGCAAUAGGAAUUUUGUGGAUUGAAAAGUUCUAUUGAACUAAAAGGGCAGCUUCCUCAUUAUUAUGAGCAGGAUUUACAUUGGUUUAGCUCUUUUCCAAACGAAAUUUUAUUUUUUUUGUUAUCUACUACAACAUUAAUUUUUUUCCGAAAUUAAAUUUCCAUUUGUGAGCAAAAUUGAACCUAGGGUUCAGACGGGUCGAACUUGUUCUUUUCCACGCUUUAAAUUCCAGAUUCACUUUGAAAAAAACGUUUUCCCUAAAAAAAUAACUUUUUCCCGUAUUUAUUAGAGUACAGGGUGUUCCUAGAAUUAUGGAAAAAACUAUUCAUUAAUAACUUUGUGCUCGGUAGUCCAAUCCAAAAAUUUUUUUUUGCAUUUUACAGGAAAACUUUUGAGUUUUUAGAAUCAAGAAGAAUUUUUUUCAUUGAUCGGCGGAGACUCCGGUAAUCCUCCUUGAAUUCGGCGGAGUGCUUUUUUCACAAACAAGGCUGUAAAUUGUUGUAUGUGUGAAGUAAAUGGGCAGGAGAGGAUUCAAUAGAUACAAUAUGACAUUUGUUUCAAAUUUUUGUCAUUCGGCGGAGACAUUUUUUAACCUCGGCGGAGGAUUUUUCUUCGACUUUUGAGAGUCAAAAUUGGCUAAAACCAAAACGUAGGUAUUCCUGGUGGCAUGGCGUCUAAAAACGACUUAUUACGUCUUCGGCCUACUGAGAGAAGAAAAAAAGGCAAUUCGGCGGAGAAACCGGCGGAAUAAAAAAUGAACACAUUUUACAGCCUCGUUUUUGAAAAAAGCACUCCGCCGAAUUCAAGGCGGAUUACGGAAGUCUCCGCCGAUAAAACGAAAAAAUCUUUUUUGAUUCUAAAAACUCCAAGGGUUUCCUGCAAAAUGCAAAAAAAAAUUUUCGGAUUGCACCACCGAGCACAAAGUUAUUAACGAAUAGUUUUUUCCAUAAUUCUUGGAACACCCUGUAGAAUUCCAUUAGUCAGAGCGAAAAUGACAGAGUAAAUAGGAUAAAAUGAAGGUUUUUGUGUUUCUUCUGGGUGGUUGAGCUUUUUUAAACUAAAAGAUUUUCGUUUUUAUACCUAAAGUUAUAUUAUUUUAGUUACCCAUUUUUUGAUUUUUUUUGUGAGUUAGGUAUACAUACUUUUUUGAGAACAAUAGGAGCAAAAUUGACAGAAAUUAGCGUAAGAGAGAGAGUAGAAAGCCUUCGCCCCGGUGUUUUUAUCGAAACCACACAAACUGUAGCAAAGGCAGACGAAAAAGGAGUUUCUUUCGCUUGUUUCUUUCGAAAAUAACGCAAAAAAACCUUUCGGAUUUUGGAGGCUCCCCGAUUCUGACCUUUUCAUUAAUUAAUUUUACAGUUUCACCCCCAAAAAAGUAGAAAAUUUAUAUUAUUUUACCUUAUCCACCCACCCAAUUUUAGAUCCUCCAAACCCCCGGCCUAUGGGAAGGCAACUCAGGCGGCGUUCAGCUGCGCCAAUUCACAGAUGAAGACUCUCCACAAUGGUGUAACUGCUAA